CUCCAGCUCAACUUGUGCAUCUCAUGCAGACUCACACCAGGGCUUGCGUUGGACAUCCAGCUACACAGGGUUUGGUGUUAUGAAAAUGUGUUUUCUGCCAUGUUAAUAGUUCAACGAUUAACUGAGGAGGAAAGAAACCUGCUGUGCUGGACAAAGACAGACUGAGACCCCUGACUGUCCUGCUCUGACCUCCUGAAUCAGACAUGGGGAAAGUCUACUACAUCAGUAAAAAUGUGGGCCUUGCAAUGCUUGUAUUAGCGUUCUGUGCAUUGGUCACAAUUAUAGCUUUGUCCAUUGCUUAUAACAAGGAAAGAGCCAAGAAUACAAGCGGACCUGGAGAUGAAGCGACAGAGAACACCAGCAUGCCAUCACCAUCGACUACACCCUUCACCUCAAAGGAGCCCUGGGACCACUACAGACUUCCAGACUCCCUGGUUCCUGUCAGUUACAAUGUGACCCUGUGGCCACGGCUGGAGCCUAACGCAGACGGCCUGUACAUCUUCACUGGACACUCAGCGGUGGUCUUCAAAUGUGUGAAGGAAACAGACCUUAUCAUCAUCCAUUCCAAUAAGCUGAACCUCACUGGGAAGCAUGCUACGCUGGGUGGCCUGGGUGAAGUCCCUGCGCCUGCUGUACGAAAGACUUGGUUUGUGGUGAAGACAGAGUAUAUGGUUCUUCAGCUGCACAGCAGACUAUCUGCAGGAGCAACCUAUGUACUUCACACUGAAUUUCAGGGAGAGCUGGCGGACGACCUGGAGGGCUUCUACAGGAGUGAAUACGUUGAGGAUGGUGUGAAGAAAGUGGUUGCUACCUCGCAGAUGCAAGCAACGUAUGCCAGGAAAGCAUUCCCUUGCUUUGACGAGCCAGCCAUGAAAGCUGUCUUCAAUGUCACCCUCAUUCACGUCCAAGGCACCGUGGCUCUGUCCAACGGCAUGGAAAUUGAAGCUGCAAACUCUGUCAUCAACGGCAUUCCUGUCACAGUAACAAGAUUUGAGCCAACAGAGAGAAUGUCCACAUAUCUGCUGGCAUUUAUCGUCAGUGACUUUUUCAGCAUUCAGACAAGCCUAAACAACAAUCUGCUGAUCCGAAUCUGGGCUCGGAGAGAAGCCGUAUUUGACAGACAGGGAGACUACGCUCUCAAUGUAACAGGGCCAAUCCUUAAGUUCUAUGAGCACUACUACAACGCUUCAUAUCCGCUCUCCAAGUCAGAUCAGAUAGCUCUGCCAGACUUCAAUGCUGGGGCCAUGGAGAACUGGGGUCUGGUCACAUACAGGGAGACUGCUCUGCUCUAUGAUCCCCUCGAAUCCUCCACUGGAAACAAAGAGAGAGUUCUAACCGUCAUUGCCCAUGAACUUGCACACAUGUGGUUUGGCAACCUGGUGACAGUGCAAUGGUGGAAUGACCUGUGGUUGAAUGAGGGCUUUGCAUCAUAUGUUGAAUACUUGGGUGCCAACUAUGCUGAGCCCACCUGGAAUAUGAAAGACCAGAUCAUUCUAUCAGACGUGCACAAGGUUUUCAGAGUGGACGCCCUCGCCUCCUCUCACCCACUGUCCCGCCGAGAAGAGGAGGUCAUUACCCCUCCACAGAUCAGCGAGAUGUUUAACUCCAUCUCCUACAGCAAGGGAGCGGCCGUGCUCAAGAUGCUGUCAGAGUUUCUCACAGAGCCCGUGUUUGCCAGAGGACUCAGCUCUUACCUGAACAAAUUUGCAUUCAGCAACACAGUGUAUACAGACCUAUGGGACCAUCUCCAACAGGCAGCUGAAAAGACACCAGGUAUUCAUAUUCCACACACUGUCCAUGACAUCAUGAACCGCUGGACUCUCCAGAUGGGCUUUCCAGUGGUCACUAUUGACACCCGGACAGGAAGUAUCACUCAGAAACACUUCCUGUUGGAUCCAGAAUCUGUAGUGGACAGGCCCUCUGAGUUCAAUUAUACAUGGUAUGUCCCUAUUAAAUGGAUGAAGACAGGUGUGGAGCAGCAACAGUACUGGCUCCUUCAGAAGACAGACACCAACAGUCUGAUGAGGGUGUCAGGAAAUGACUGGGUGCUAGCAAACACCAACGUAUCUGGAUACUUCAGAGUGAACUAUGAUCGUGACAACUGGGAUCGUCUUCUGUCCUUGCUCAGCACCAACCAUCAGGCUUUAUCAGUCAUCAACAGAGCACAGAUCAUAGAUGAUGCCUUCAAUCUAGCAAGAGCUAAAAUAGUAAGUACAACAUUAGCCCUGACGACUACCAAAUACCUGCACAAGGAGAGAGACUACAUCCCCUGGGAGUCAGCUCUAGGAAACCUUUACUAUUAUAUGUUCAUGUUUGAUCGCACUGAGGUCUACGGAGCUUUACAGGCGUACCUCAAGAAACAAAUACAGCCACUUUUUGAGCACUUCAAGACAAUUACAUCUAACUGGAAAGAAAUACCAACAGGCCACACUGACCAGUACAAUCAGAUCAAUGCUAUCAGUACGGCCUGCAGUAUGGGUGUGGGAGAAUGUAAAGAGUUGGUUAAAAGCUGGUACAGAGAUUGGAUGAGGCAUCCAAGUCACAACCUGAUCCAUCCCAACUUGAAAAGCACAGUUUACUGCAAUGCCAUAGCUUUUGGUGGCGUGGAAGAGUGGGACUUUGCCUGGACCAUGUUCAAGAACACUACACUGGCAACUGAAGCUUCCAGGCUGAGGGUAGCCAUGAGCUGCACCAAAGCACCGUGGCUUUUGAACAGGUAUCUGGAAUACACCCUGGACCCGACUAAGAUCCGCAAGCAGGAUGCCACCUCCACCAUUCAGGUCAUCUCACAAAAUGUUGUGGGAACACCUCUGGCCUGGAACUUCAUCCGAGCUAAAUGGAGCUACAUUUACCAGCAGUAUGGAAGAGGAUCAUUUUCCUUCUCCAAUCUUAUCAAUGGAAUUACAAGCAGAUUCUCUACAGAAUUCGAGCUGCAGGAGCUGAAGAAAUUUAAAGAGGACCACCUCCAUGUUGGUUUUGGCUCUGCCACCUUGGCCCUGGAGCAGGCGAUAGAAAAGACCACAGCCAACAUCAAAUGGGUGACAGAGAACAAAGCCCAAGUGCUGCAGUGGUUUACUGAAGAGUCCAUGUGAGAAGACUUGAUGAAUCCAAACUACAAUUUGUCUUGUUGAAUUUACUGUCAGGGAUAUGUAAUAAUAAUGGACCGGUCCCUUUUCUCUAGUGACGUGCAAAUUUAAGACAACUGGUAGGACUUCAGUGUAAAGUAAAAAUAAUAUAAUAAUAAAAAUAAAUUGACUACAUAUUUCACUGUGUGUAUCGCAGUGGUGAUGAAUAAUUUGAACUGUCAACUCUGGUUGUCCUUUGAUUCUAUUAACAGUUAUUUCUACUCUUAAAAAUGCUUCAUCCUCUUUUCUUCAUACUUCACUUUAUAUCUCUUGCUUACUACAGUGAAUCAAAUCUAUUUAAACCACAAACAUGAGCCAUAAAUCUGUGUGUAGAACACCAGAGCAGCUUAAGUGAUCGCUGACUCAUCCUACACAAGACAAUGAUGAGUAACUGUCAUCAUGGAGGAAUGUUGACUGCCCGACCGUGCAAACUUCUUACUUCAUUUCAGGGUGACUGUGUGUUGGUGUGUACCUCAAAGUUUUGUUUGCUCUGCUUUUUUCCUCUGGAAACUAACAUUUCCUGAGGCUCCCUCCAUGUUAAGUCUGUAAAUUGGGUAUCUUUACAUUGAGAAUCGUUUUGCACUUGAUAUUGUAAAAAGUUACUGAAUAAAAUACCCUGAUUUCUA